ACUAGGCAUUUUAUGUAAUUGUUGUGAUGGCAGCAGAAGAAGGUGUUAAUGUAGACCUUUACAUUUAUGACCUUACAAAUGGAUUUGCAUCUUUACUCCCACAAUCCAUACUUGGAAUGUCGGGGCAGCACGUGGAGGGGGUGUGGCACACGGCGGUGGUGGUGUACGAGCGGGAGUUCUUCUACGGCGGCGGGGGGGUCACCAGCUGCGCGCCGGGAGGUACGCAGCUGGGCCCGCCGCACCAGGUGGAGCGGCUGGGGCAGACCUUCGUGCCCUUCCAGGUGUUUGUGGACUACAUACAGGGGCUCGCCACCACCACAUACACGGCAGCCGCGUUCCGUCUGCUGGAGCACAACUGCAACCACUUCAGCGAUGAAGUGGCCCAGUUCCUGUGCGGGGCGCGACUUCCCAAGCGGUUAGCGCCCCAUCCCGCGCCCCUCACGCCGCCCCAGUGCUGCGCCCCAAGCGCCCUGCUCGACGCCCUCGUGCCGCCCCAAGCGCAGGCCGUGUACGCGUCGGGCGUGCGGCACAGCCGGCAGGAGAGCCCCGAGUUCCGCACGCUCAACUGCCAGAUCGAGGAGGCCAGGGUGGCAUCGGCAGCGCUGGAGCAGCGUCGCAGCACGCUGGCGGAGAAGCUGGCGCGCAAGGAGCGACGCCGCGAGAAGAAACGACGCAAGAUGCUGCAAGCCGAGCCGCAGGCACCGGACUCUACCACCACGCCCGAGACCAGCGCGCCAGUGGGAGGCAUGGCGGAAGCCGUGGAGGCGCUGCCCCGCGAGGAGGAGGUGUCGCGCGCCGGGCCCUCCUCUGCCGCCGCCGCCGCCGCGGACCUGCUCGACCUCGACGAGCCGCGUGCCAAGCCCCGCGAACCGCCCAUCGUCUUCAAAGACAUCGACGGUGCGCAAGAGUACGAGAGGUUGGCCAAAGCGUUAGAAGGUGUGGAGCUCUCCGGUGAGGAGAAGCAGAGCCUGGACGAGCUGCAGCAGUACCUGGUGGCCGGCGAGGGCAGCUGGGUGCUGGGCGAUGAGUUCCUGGCCUUCAUCAGUCGCCUUUUGAACGAUUCAUCUCUAAGCGAGGAGGUGCGCGUGAGCACUCUGCGCUGCCUGGCGGCCUGCGCGCUGCGCGAGGAUGUGUCGCUGCUGCUGCAUCAGGACCGGCGCCAACACGCGCUGCUGUCCUACGCGCAUCGACUGGAGGACAGGCCGCUGGCCGAACAACGCGCCGGGGCGUUAGUGCUGUGCAAUUUGUUCGAGAACGUGUCGUCAUCGGAAUGGCUGCUGUACAUCAGCGAGUGGGAGGCCAACGGGCAGACGCUGUCCAACAUACGAGCCACCACCAAGGUGUGCGUCCACAGCUGCCUGUCAGAAGACCCGGAGUUGCGCGACCUGGGCACCGCGCUCAUGUACAACAUCGCCACCAAGGAGGUAAAGACCGUGGUAUUCGACGAGGUUUGCGUGGAGCUGGCGAUGGCGCUGCUGCAGCUGCUGCAGUCCGCGCCCAGCGAGGAGCAUCUCUACCGCGCCACCAGCGCCCUAGCCAGGCUCGCGGCACAUUCACACGACGUGCCGCAGCUCGUGUGUCUCGUGGGGCCCGACCCUGCCGUCUACAGGGGGACGAGCCAGCGCGUGGACGAGCAGAUCGACCUCAUCAUGAAGCGGGUCAAGUAA